CCACCGUCACCCCACAACCCCUGGGGUGCUGAGCCCGGCUCCGGGGGGUGCUGCUGCCACCCCCUUAGCUAAUCCCAAAUUUAUUCUGGUUUGUUUGGCAUCUCCUCCUUCCUCCUUCCCCUCAGGCUGGCCUGUGCCCACAAGAGUAGGGAUGGUGGUGGGGGGUCUGGGGUGCCCCCGUGCCCAGCUUGGGGGAUGGUGGCAACCAGUGGGGUGUGACCGGUGGUCCCCACUGUUCUGACACCCCCCCUCUCUUCCCUUGCAGGUUGCCCCCGCGCUCCCGCCCGCCGGGGACCCCCCCGCCAUGGCCAUCGUGCAGACGCUGCCGGUGCCCCUCGAGGCUGCUGCUGAGGGGGCUGCCCAGCUCCGCGCCGCCUCCCGCUCGCCCCCCACCACCAUGGGCAGCGUCGGCAGCCUCCUGCCCGGCCGGCCCCGCCACGACCGUGCCGGCCAGCCCUGCGACGGGGGACACCUCACCUCCUCCUCCUCCUCCUUCCGCAAGCAGGAGGGGCUGCUGCGGGCCACGACCCCCCGGGACCCCCCGUCCCCCGAGGAGCCCCGUGCGGCCGUGCCUGGUGUCACCCACGCCUAUGCCAACGGGGGCUUCUGCGGCGACUGGCUGGAUGCCCCCUCUCCUGCCAGCCCCUGCAGUGACUCGGAUGAGCCCCGUGAUGACCGAGCCCUGAGUGGCCACCUGCGGGGGCCACCCCCCAAGCUCGUCCCCGUCUCUGGCAAGCUGGAGGAGAACGUGGAGAAGACCCUGAUCCGCCCCAUGGCCUUCAAGCCGGUGGUGCCCAAGCUGCGCAGCGCCCAGGCGGCCGCACGCCCGGGGCUGUCGGAGAGCCAGGUGAGCCUCACCCACCUGCUGGGUGCCGACAAGCCCGGCUCCCUCAGCUGCCGUGCCAGCACCCUCUCGGAUUCGGGGCGCAACUCCCUCUCCAGCCUGCCCACCUACAGCACGGGCUGCAGCCAGCACCCCGAGGCAGGCACCCUGCCCGCCACCCCCCACGGCGCUCCCCCCGACGUCCCCCUGGGGGGCUGCCGACCCUCCAACUCGGACAGCGGGCGCUCGUCCUCCAGCAAGAGCACGGGUUCGCUCAGCGGCCGGGGCCGACCCUCCUCGGAAAGCGGCUCCUGCGGGCGCUCCCCUUUGCCCGGGGAGGAGGCCGCGCUGGUGCGGGAGCUGGAGGACAAGCUGCGGGAGAGGGAGGCCGAGCUGCGGCUCCUGCGCGACAGCCUGGACGAAAACGAGGUGGCCAUCUGCCAGGUGUACGAGGAGAAGCAGCGUCGCUGCGAGCAGGAGCUGGAGGGGCUGCGGCAGCGCUGCGCGGCCCAGGCACGGCAGGCGGCACAGGCGGCGCAGCGAGGGCAGCAGGUCCUGCAGCUCCAGGUGUUGCAGCUGCAGCAGGAGAAGAAGCAGCUGCAGGAGGACCUGGCCCAGCUGCUGCAGGAACGGGAGCUGCUGGAGCGACGCUGCGCCUCCUUCCAGCGCGAACGCACCGAGAUGGCACCCCGGCUGGAGGAGACCAAGUGGGAGGUGUGCCAGAAGUCGGGGGAGAUCUCUCUGCUGAAGCAGCAGCUGAAGGAGGCGCAGGCCGAGCUGGCGCAGCGGGGGGCCGAGCUGCUGGGGCUGCGGGCCCAGCUGCGGGAGGCGCGGGCCCAGCUGCAGGUGGGCGAGCGGCGGGCGCAGGGCCUGCAGGAGGCCGCCCGCCUCAAGGCGCUGGAGCUGGAGGUCUGCGCCAACGAACUGCAGCGUCGCAAGAGCGAGGCCGACCUCUUCCGCGCCAAAGCCGGCCGGCUGGAGCAGGAGGUGGCGGGGCUGAGGGAAGCCGCCCGCGGCCGCUGCCCCCAACCCGCCGAGGGGUUCCCCCCACCACCACCACCACCACCACUCAGCGAGGGAUGCCCCCAAGCCGAGGAGGAGGAGCGGGGCAGCAUGGGCCUGCGGCGGCAGCUGGAGCGGCUGCGGGCGGAGGUGGCCCUGGAGCGGCGGCGUGGGCAGGAGCAGCGGGAGGCCUUCGAGCAGGAGCGGGGCACGUGGCAGGGCGAGAAGGAGCGGGUCAUCCGCUACCAGAAGCAGCUGCAGUACAGCUACAUCCAGAUGUACCGCCGCAACCGGCGCCUCGAGCAACGGCUCCAGCAUCUCCGGCUUCAGGGAGGGGAGGACCCCCCACCCGAGCCCUGCGACCCCCCCGACCCACCUUUCGAGGAGAUCACGGCCACCGAGAUCUGAGACGCUGCCUUGCCAAAGGGUGGCCUCCAGCUUCUGGGAUUUUGGGAGCUAUGGGGGAUGCCUGUCCUCCCCCCAACAGCUCUGCGAAGACUGCUGGCACUGGGAGGGGGCAGAGGGGACCGCAGGCGCUGCCCCCUCCCCAGCAUCGAGGUGUUGGGACGAGGGGAUGACGACAUGACAAAGGGGGGUGCCCGUGAGAUGUGGGGCCAGGUGGGUGAUGAGCCCCGGCCUCGGGGCUGCCCGGAGCUGGUCCCCGCUGAUCCUCUUAGAGCCCAGGGAUUAUCAGCGCUGGCUUCAGCCGGGGUCACCUUGGACGGGGGGGGAGGUCUGGCUUGUCCCUUCCCUCUCCUCCCUGCUGGCACUGUCACCCAGCCAGUUCCAGAGGGGAUGGAUGGCGUAUGUGCCCUGUCCCUGCCUGUGCCAGCCUCCCUUCCUCUACCCCCCCCGCCCCAGUGUGUUUGUCAGGGGAGUCGUUUCUGUGCCAUUUUAAAUAACUAUUUUUAUAGGACCUACCAAAAACAUAUCACCCUCUCCCAGCUCACACUCCACCUCUCUGUGUCCCCUUCACCCCUGCCGUGGGGCAGCUUGCCUUCAGUGCCU